GGCCGGGGAGAGGGCUCGGCACCUGCCCGCCUGCCCGCCUCUCCAGAGGGACCCUCAGUCCGCCCUCCAGGCAUGAACCCCCCGGAGGAGCGCCCCAGCUGCCCUGCCCGCGGGAAGUGCCCCGUGUACCUGGCGGUGAGCUCAGGGACUGUUCGCUAUGCCCCGUCAGGUCUGGGCCCUGCCCUGGAGGGGAGCCUGGGAGAGGAGCCCCCGGACUCAGACAGCCAGCCCCACCCGGACGAGGGCCGCCCACCGCCCCUCGAAGCUGCCCCGGCCUCCUGGAAGAGCCGCAGGGAGCCCCCGGGAGCCGAGGCGGAGGCCGCUGCCGGGGAGGGGACCCAAGGCGAGGAGGGCCCUGCCGCCGCCGCCCAGCUGGACGUGUCCCGCCUGUGCAGCUCGUCCAUGGAGAUCCGCGAGAAGGGCUCCGAGUUCCUGAAGGAGGAGCUGCACAAGGCCCAGAAGGAGCUGAAGCUGAAGGAUGAGGAGUGCGAGCGGCUGUGCAGGGUCCGGGAGCAGCUGGAGCGGGAGCUGGAGGAGCUGACAGCCAGCCUGUUCGAGGAAGCCCACAAGAUGGUGCGAGAAGCCAACACGAAGCAGGCGGCGUCAGAAAAGCAGCUGAAAGAGGCUCGGGGCAAGAUCGACAUGCUGCAGGCGGAGGUGACCGCCCUGAAGACGCUGGUCAUCACGUCCACGCCCGCCUCUCCCAACCGCGAGCUGCACCCCCAGCUGCUGAGCCCCGCCAAGGCCGGGCCCCGCAAGGGCCACCUGCGCCACAAGAGCACCAGCAGCGCCCUCUGCCCCCUCGCGUGCCCCGCGGCAGGCCACAUCCUCCCCCCGGACAAGGAGGGCAGAGAGCCCAGGCUGCCCCCCCUCCUGUCCCUGCCCCUCUGUGUGGUCCCCAGUAAGGCGGUUCACCUCACCUACGAGCCGGCCUGGCAGCUCCCGCCUGGGGAGCGGCCCGCGGCCCCCGCCUCCGCUGCCUCUCUCUCCUGUUCCCGCCAGGUGGACACCACGCUGUUUGCGGAGUUCCAGGCCUGGCGGGAGUCGCCCAGCUUGGACAAGGACAGCGCCUUCCUGGGGCGCGUGUACCGCGAGGACGUGGGGCCCUGCCUGGACUUCACGGCGCAGGAGCUCUCGGCGCUGGUGCGGGCCGCCGUGGAGGACAACACGCUCACCAUCGAGCCCGUGGCUUCGCACACACCGCCCACGGUGAAGGCAGCCGCCGCUGGCUAUGGCAGCACCAACACGUGCGCCCUGAGCGGGCUGGCCCGGGCCUGUCGCCACCGAAUCCGGCUCGGGGACUCCGAGAGCCACUACUACAUCUCACCGUCGUCCCGGGCCAGAAUCACUGCCGUGUGCAACUUCUUCACCUACAUCCGCUACAUCCAGCAAGGCCUGGUGCGGCAGGAUGAGCCCAUGUUCUGGGAGGUCACCAGGCUGCGGAAGGAGAUGUCGCUGGCCAAGCUGGGCUUCUUCCCCCAGGAGGCCUAGGCCCGGCGGGGCCCGGAGCCGGAGCAGCAGCUGCCCAGGCCCGGCAGACGGACGGGAAGGCGGGGCAGGAGCCGCCCCGAGCCGGAAGCUGAACAGCCGGACAGACGGCCAGCCGAGGAGGCGCACUGCGCCGGCCCCACACGCCCAGCCCAGGGAGACAGG